CGUAAACUUGUUUAUAUCACUGGAAGCAAAUAUUACAAGGUAACUGAUGGGUCUGAAUCCAGAUGUACCAAAUCUUAUACUGAACAGGCGUGUAAUGCUUAUCUUAUAUUGAACAGGCGUGUAAUUCUAGUAAUAGCGAUACAUGAAAACAAAGCGUGUACUUUCCAGGAAAUUACAAAUGAUAAACUAAAUUUGCUAGCUAUUCUGUAAGGAGCAAAACGAUCAGAUUUAUUACGGUGAAAUGAUCCGUACGAAACUGUUAUCACGCUACAGUACUUUGGCUGUACGUGCCCUGGUGACAGCCGGUGCGGCAGAACGCUGUUUUACAUCUGGUCGUUGUUUUCAUAGCCAUUGUGCUACUGAUUUACCUACCGCCUCGGUCCAUCAUCAUCAAAAUGUAGAAGGCGUACAUGCUUCAUGUUGUGGUUUCCCAAAGCAUCUCAAAAAUGGACCUUCGACUGUACUCGAUCAAGGUGUCUUUGGUGAUGAUGCAUGCUUCAUUGCACGUUUUGAAAAUACAUAUGUGGUUGGUGUGGCAGACGGCGUAGGUGGUUGGCGCAAUUAUGGCAUCGACCCCUCGGAAUUUUCAAGUCGUUUGAUGAAGCUCUGUCAGAAAAUUGUAAUGAAAGGUCAGUUUAAGCCGACUCGACCGGAUAAACUAUUAGCUCGUGCAUAUGAAGCACUCGCGAAGCCGCCACGUCCGACUGGGUCAUCUACAGCUUGUGUACUUAUUGUUCAUCAGGAUACGCUAUAUUCUGCUAAUCUCGGUGAUUCGGGUUAUCUUGUUAUUCGGAAUGGCAAAGUAGUAUAUCGUAGUCGUGAACAAACUCAUUAUUUCAAUGCACCAUAUCAACUAUCAUUACCUCCAACAGAUGAAGGAAAUGGUAGUUUCCUUGGAGAUUCUCCGGAAAAAGCUGAAUCGGCAUCAUUGGAUUUGAUGAGCGGUGAUAUUAUUGUGCUUGCAACCGAUGGUCUGUGGGAUAAUGUGACGGAAGAUGAAAUCGUAAACCAGUUAUCAGGUCUCAAACCAGGUGAUGUGCAGAAAGCUUGCAAUAGUCUGGCACUUACUGCAAGGAGGUUAGCGUUCGAUACGCAGCAUCUGUCUCCGUUUGCAGUAAAAGCACUGCAGCAUGGAAUCGACGCACCUGGGGGCAAACCAGAUGAUAUAACACUUAUUUUGUUAUUAAUUGCUUGAUUUGUUGCGGCGAAAUAUUGAAAUGCUGCGACUUCUUAUUGUGCUCAUCUCAUGUACAAAAUAAGAUCAUUGAUUUUUUCUGGGUGGGUUUUACGUUAUGACUAUGUUAAACG